AUGGGCAAGACGAAGGCCGCCAAGGCCUCCCCGCGCGCUGCGCCUGCGGAGGUCAGCGAGGAGGUGCGCUCCAAGGUGGACGCGCUCGUGAACGACGGAAACAAGGCCUUUGCCAAGCGCGAAUACACGAAGGCGCUGGAAAGCUUUGGCGCCGCCGCCAAGGCGCUGCCAGAGGCUGCGGCCGACAAGGCAAACCUGCUGUGCAACAAAGCCGCCUGCUACUACCAGCUCAAGCGGUUCAAGGAAGCGGCGAAGGAGUGCAGCAACGCGCUCGACAUUGCCCCCAACAGCGCCAAGGCGCUGCAGCGGCGCGCGCGCAGCCUGGAGCAGCAGGGGCUUUACAAGCAGGCGCUCUCCGACAUCCAGGCGGCCUUGGCUGUGCCGAAGACCGACGCGGCGACGGACGAGUCGCGCGACAUCGAGCGCCGCCUGCGCGACGCCGUCGCCGGCCGCCGCCCCGCCGGCCUCGGCGCUGCGCUCGCCCCGUCCCCCGCGCCCCCCGCAAACGGCGCGGCGCGCGCGGCCGCAGCGGCGCAGGCUGCCGCGGCGGCGGCCCAGCAGCAGCAGCGGCAGGCGCAGCUGCAAGCGCAGCAGCAGCAGGCGCAGGCGCAGGCGCAGCAGCAGCGGCAGGUGUUCACGCUGUCUGCCAAGGUCACUCUUGGGGAGGAGACGCGGCAGCUGUCCCUGACUGCUUCCACAUCCUAUGCGCAGCUGUUGGAGCUCGUGCACGCCAAGUUCCCCGAAGCAGGGCCCUUCCAGCUGAAGUACACUGAUAAAGAGGGCGACAGCAUCACCAUCACAUCCAGGGUGGACGUGCGGGCGGCGGUGCAGGAUCUGGUCGCGUCGGCGGCGCAGCCCAAGGGCGGCGUGCCGCCGAUCCUGCCGCCCCUCAGGCUCGCGCUCGUGCCCUGCGCAGAGGCCGACGUGCCGCGGCCGCCCCAAGAAGAGGCGCUGCAGGCCGAGGCCCUGCGCCGCAGCCACGAGGCAGCUGCCGCCAAGAUCGCCCUGCAGCGGCGGCAGGCGGCGGCGGAGCGCGAGGCCGCGGCCGCGGCCGCGGCGGCGGCGGCGGGCGCCCCCCAGGUCGCGACCACCCCCGGCGGCGAGGUGGUGGAGAUCGACGACUGGCUGAUCGACUUCGCGAAUCUCUUCCGCGACGUCAGCGGCGUCGACGCGGAGCGCCACGUGGAGAUCCAGAACGAGGGUACUUCGCGCAAGGCGGUUUCGUAG